AUGAACACCCUACGCCUUGAAGCCGACGAGGCCCAGGCCAAGGUCCAGGAGCUGCAGAUCAAAGUGAAGAGUCUCGAACAGGAAAACCUGGCAAAGGAGCAGGAAAUCAAAUCACUCUCCCACCGCAACCAGCUGCUAGAGGCCGAUGUCGAGAAACUUGAGUGUGAUCUGAAGGAAGCCAAGUCUGCCGCCUCUGAGAACGCUCAACACGGUACGCAGAACGAGUCCCUGCAAAGGCGUGUGCAGCUUCUCGAGGAAGAGGCUGAGGAAACUGAUAAGACUCUGCGUGAAACAAAUGAGAAGCUCCGCCAAACUGACGUCAAAGCUGGACACUAUGAGCGGAAGGUCCAGGCACUUGAGACUUCCCGGGACCAAUGGGAGACCAAGUACGAGGAGAUGGCCAAGAAAUACGCCGAUUUGCAGAGAGAACUGCAGGAGCUGGAGACGUCAAUGGGCAACGUGUAA